UGGUUCUUUCUCUCUCCUUCAAGGGUUUAACAGUCCCGUCAACUGGCAAAACCUUCCACACUCAAAGCAGCUCGAUUUCUCCUCCUUCCUUCAGUUCUUCUUGUAUUUCGCUUCAAGAUCUGUUCUCAGUUAUUCCUUCAAGAUGAAGAUGGUCACAGGAGCCUUCAAUGGCAACAUGAAGAGAGCCCUUGCUGGGUUGAGACGUAUUGAUUUGGAUGGUUUGCGUUGGAGGGUAUUUGAUGCCAAAGGCCAGGUUCUUGGGAGGUUAGCAUCUCAAAUAUCUACUGUGGUACAAGGGAAAGACAAACCUACAUAUGCUCCUAAUCGUGAUGAUGGGGAUAUGUGCGUUGUCCUUAAUGCAAAGGACAUUUGUGUUACAGGGAGGAAGCUUACAGAUAAAUAUUACCGAUGGCACACUGGGCAUGUGGGCCACCUUAAGGAAAGAAGUUUAAAGGAUCAGAUGGCCAAAGAUCCUACUGAAGUUAUUCGUAAGGCUGUCCUGCGCAUGCUUCCUAGGAACAAAUUACGUGAUGAUAGAGACCGGAAACUUCGGAUAUUUACCGGUGAUGAACACCCAUUUGCUGAUAAACCCCUUGAGCCAUACGUCAUGCCUCCUAGACAAGUGCGAGAAAUGCGGCCCCGUGCUAAAAGAGCUUUGAUUCGUGCACAAAAGAAGACAGAGCAACAACAAGGUGUUCCCACCAUGAAAAAGAACAAGAAAGAUGAAGAAAAGGCAGAAGUGAGCGCGUGAUCGAUGGAUUCUGAGGCAUAAUGUUUUUCUAAUCAGAAGAUCUGAUGUAUAAACAAGGGUUUCACUCAUGAAAAGGAGGGAUAAUCACAAUCAGAGCCAAACUGUGGCUUUGGAUGAAUUUUGGUUUGGUUUUGUUUUGUUAUCAUUUGUACUAGUAUUGAUUACUAUGUACUAUGUUUUAGAGACUUCUUUUACCUCGACCGUGGUUAUAUCAGGUCUGUUUAUGUUCAUUUCAAAUAAUUUUUUGUUUGAAUGAAGUAUUCAAACCUUUUGAUGUUUCAA